UUGUUGGUCCAAAACAUUCAACUCAAUAGUAUCAGCACUGACGUAGUAUAUUAACGUUCCUAAAUCUGAACCGAAGUGUUUUAAAGUUUUAAAAUUACAAUGUUCGUUUGUGAAUAAACAAAAUUAAUAGUUUAUUUUUUAAUGAAUUUUAGUCGUUAUAGUAGUCAAAAUUAGAAGCUGAUUUUAUCGUGAUAUCACAAAAAUGAGCAUGAUUAAAUUGUGGAUUGUUGUGGUUUCUUGUUUUUCCGUCGGUAACUGUGCCGGGGAGAGUAGAAAGAUCGACGAAGCGCAGUAUAAAAAUCACCGGACGUCGUCUCUCGGAAACGAUACGGCUCAGAAUCACGCUAUGUUACAUAAGACUCAUCCGGUGUAUCCAAUACAAGUUCACGCCAACUUGUCGAAUGUCAAAGACUUUGGAAUGGUUAAGUUACACACAGAACAAAAGCAGACGUCAAAAGCUACGGAAGUGUCAUCGGAUAUGGUGCAAAUGUUCUUCACUACGACGACUGUGGGCAAGAAGAAACCGCUGCAGGGUGCUGCUAUUAGCACAACUCCUAUUCCUAGCCCAACAGUUCCGACUACAGGUUCUAUUUUUAGGACCGCAGCACCGUCCACGUAUAUCGUGACUGCUAGAAACAGCGUAUCAACUGACACCAAAGACUUACCGCAGAAGUCACCAGUUUAUUCGGGACCAAGAUCCGAGGUCGAAGUCAAGUACACAACUUCGUCGGUGGAUUUUCGAGGAGUGCCAGCGAUUAAUGAAAACGAACCAAUAACCAAGACAAAAGUUAAUGGCUCGAAAAUCAGACGGGUUUUGAAGACACAAAACCAGGCAUCACAGUCAUCGAUUGUCUUCACCACCACUACUACCCCGCAAAUGUCACCUUCGUUCGCCAGUAACAAGCGAAAUUUCACCUCGUUCGCGAUUAGCGCCAAGGUGAACACAACUGCGGUAACAUCAUCGAAACCGUUCGCGACCGUGCUGGUACCCAAAUACGUCUUGGAUAGCGGGGUCUUUCAUCAACAAGAAGACUCGUUUCGUCCAAUUGUGCCUCCAAUAUUCACGCCUUACAAAUCACCCAGCGUCGCAGUUGACACGAACAGUAUUGUCGAGAACAGACGGGUAUCGGAUGCCGCAGCAGGCAAAAACAACCAACCAUUUGCGAACCGAGCAACUGCCGGAACAACCGUGCUGAAAUUGAAAAAUUACGGGCACACGAAACCACUCACGUACAACUCAUACAAGGUAAAAGAAUAUGUACCGAGUGAUGUGCAAUCAUCCAUCAUACCCAACCAUAGUUACAGUGAGGAACAGGACAGAUCCGACCGCUUGUCAGUCAUUAAUAAAAAACGUGACAUCGAAAAGUCGUAUAUGCGGGACCAUCAUUCUGCAUCAUCGUACUAUGAAAACGAGCCGCUACAUGAUGGUCCUCCAAAAAAAGUAGAAACUUUUAAAUAUGGAUUCGUUGAACCGAGGGAAGAACCGUUUAAAAGUGAUAGCAGCCCGAUGCAAAUCCGCGAAUUCUAUCAGGCCACUGAGUGGCCAGGUCCAGUUAAAUAUGAAAAUUUCGAUGAGAGAUCGCCGACUUUAUCAUCUGGAUUAGUUCACAUGCCAGGACCGAUAUCAGAACCACCAUCUAAGGAAUACUUCAAAGCCUCCCCCUCCAGUUUUUCGCUUCCAAACUUCCCCAAAACGCAAUCCAACGGCCCGGAGCUUGUAAUGGGUGACCUGGACCCCAAGGAUGUAUUAAAAUCACUCCUGCAAGACAUGCUUAAGUCUAAAAAACCAGCUGAGAUCAAGCCGAAGUCGCCAACCUCCAUGGAUGAAAUCAUCGAUUCGUAUGUCAACCAACAAAACGUAGAUUACACGUCACAGGACAGUUUUAAUAUACAAACAGACAUGAACUGCAACUUGCGGUCAUCCAAGUAUAUUACCGACGGACAAUGCGUAUCCACCAAACCCGUGGUAGAAGCUGUGUGUGCCCAUCGCUGUCUUGUUUCAGCCAGCUCACUGAGUCAGAGACAUCGAUCUUCUAUACAUGACAACCAACAGGUGGAAGCUUUGCAGUGCACCGACGGUGACGUGAAAAUGAUUCGGGUCCAGCUUAAGUGCCGGAACGGUAACAUGUUCAACCAUAUCAUUAAGGUGGUGGCCAACUGCAGUUGCAAAUUGCACCCGAAACAACCGUUGACAAUGAGCAAUUCAUUGAGUAGUCAGCGUGCCAUCAAUCCGGAAAUCAUGGCUAUCGCCGCCGGACAAUUCCGAUAAUCGACCGCUCAAAUAUUAUUAUUUAUUAUUUAUUAUUUAUUUAUUAUUUGUUAUUAUUAUAUACUACCUAACAAGUUGUCACACUAGUCUACUUCUGUACACUUUGUAUAAACUGUUUUCGGAUCACGCGUUUGGCCACGUAUAGUCAGCAGUCUCAACGAAGAAUUUAUUUAUCUAUUUCUAGUCUUAACUCUAAAGAUAAAUGUAUAUUCACUGUCACAUUAUUUUUGUA